AUGUUGAGGAAUAUGAUAAUCGACUAUGGAGCAAGUACAGAAGUGUCUCCCUACGAAUAUAUGAAGACGUACAUAGAGAAAUGCCCGGAAAAUAUAGAAGACGCCAAGUUGUCUUGGAUCGCAGAAGCAUUUUUGGGUAUACAGAAGCACGGCGAAUUUCUUAAGGAAAUUGCGUCUUAUAUGUCUGAAGAGUUAUCUGAAGAAGAUCAAGACUAUUUCAUUAUAAUAUUUCAUGCAAUAACAUUUCAAAUUACGCCAACCGAUAUGUCAUAUUUAUACAAGUGUCUAUUCAAUUUAAGUAAACCGUUACUAAGUACAUUUACAAAUUUUCUCAGCAACAAUGAGGUAUUAACAUAUGUGUCACAGGUAGCCCAAAGUACUUAUGAUACCAGUUUCAUUACUGACAAAAUUAUUAGCCCUUUAUUCAAUUGGCAACCGUACAUAAGUGAAAUGGCGCAUAACUAUGCUGAACAUUUGAAAAAAAUUGAACGACGCAAAGCGAGACCCCUAACAAUACCCAUACAACCAAUGAUAUUAAGGAGAAAGGGUCAUCAGAAUGCUUUUCCACCCACUCCAAGUCCUAUUCCCGAGACUCCGCCAAAUUCCCUGAGAAAGAAGGGAAAUAAAAUGCUUCCAAAAAGUAUUAUCGAUAAAAAGUUGCAAAUAUUACAUGAUAAAAAUAAACAAAAAGCUACACAGUUGCUGCAUACUGUUAAAACAAAUAAUUAUAAUUUUGCCAAAGGACGGUCUGAAAGAUAUUACAAGAAAAUAUCCGACAUAAAAAAUGAAAUAGAACGUGAAUAUAACAGAACAUCACCUGACUCAAAUAAAAAAGUAUACCCCUUGCAAAAUACCGCACCGAUUAUAAAAGAAACAACUGCUACUGUAAAAAGAAUUAACAAACGAAUGCAGCAAUCACAGAGUGAGGAAGUAAAAUGGCUGGAAGACCUAAUUACUAAUUUUAGAGAUGUUAAUAAAAUUGAACAGUUGCAAUACUACGAUCGCCAAGAAAAAGAAAGAGAUAGGCUUCUAAGCAUUGAAAGAAAACAUCUUAUGGGUCAAAUUUCUCACGAGGAAGCUUUGCUUGCUAAACAAAAGCAUAGAGAUGAAAAUAGAAAAAAAUAUGAAGAUUUCUUGAAAGAAAAACAACGUUGGGAUGAGGAAAUUGAAAAAUGGAGAAGACUUGAAAUUGACAAAAACAAAAGACAUGUUGAAAAAUGUUCCCUUUUGGAAUUGAACAUAUUGGAGGCAAAAAAUAACGUCACGACUAGAAAGAAAGAAACAGUGGAGAAAUUGAAAAAAGAGAAAGAGGAAAUACUUGCCAAAGCAAUGAAAGCCAAGCAAGAAGAGUUAGAGAAACGUAUACAUAUUAUAAAAGAGAUCAAAAUAUUGGCAGAAAUUGCGAAAAAAGCGAAGGUCCCCAAAGUUAUAGAUUUGACGGAAACAUCAGGAUUAGGAUUACUUUGUGAAAUGUCAAUGGCUGAACUGCAAGAAAGAUUAAGUGAUAUGAAAAUAUGUUUUCACGAAGAACUAGAAAGAAAAAAGAAGUUAAUAAAAGAUGAAAAUGCGGCAGCAAAAAACACAUUGAAAGAAACAAAAGAAUCAAUUAGGAGCUACAUGAAUGAACGUGAAAUGUUGCGAAAAGAAAAAAAGGCUACCACUGUGAACGAAAACACGAUAACCUCUAAAGAAAUUGAUAAACUCAAACAAAUUCUAGACGAAAAGCGAAAGCUCCGCGUUCAAUUAGCUGUGUAA